AUGGGGCUGCUUGGAGAGGCAGAAUUCUUGGAGGCGCUGCGGCGCCUCUAUGAGGAGAGCAGAAGCAAAAACAGCGGGACUGUAUGGAUUACAUUCAAGAGAACGUUUCCCGAGGUCGGCGGCAGCCGCGGAGCGAAGAGGCGCAGGAAGCUGCUCACCUGUGAAGAGAAGCCCGAAGCUACUCCAGUGUGUCUCGUCAGAGCAACAGACGGAAAAAAGAAAAUAUCUGUUCAGGUAGAAGGGAACAGGGCUCUGGCCUUCAGCCAGCGUCUUUGGGGGAUGUCACGUAUCCACAUGGAUCAAGUGAGGCCCGCACCUCCCAACAUGGAAAAGAGCAGGCAACAGCAACAACACUCACAAGGGCAGCAACAGUCUUCGCAGCAAGAACAGCGGCAAGACGAGCAGCAUCAGCAACAAUCCUUAAGGGAGCAGCGAAACAACAAGAAAUACAAGCAGAGUAACGCUUCGUUCAAGCGCGAGGCAUGA